UUUCCAGCUCCCUCCGGUUCCCUUCCCCUUCAUGGGCUGCAGAAUCAAAGAAUCGAAGUGGGAAUAAAUUCUGCCGGAGAACGUCGUUUCUUCGUUCGUAUUAAGAGGAAGAAUCGAAUUUCACAUUCCGAGUGAAAGAAAUCAUCUAUGGAAGAGAAACCUCUGCCCGUGAAAGUUUUGUACUGCGGCGUAUGCUCUCUUCCCGCCGAAUACUGCGAAUUCUGUCCCGAUUUCGAGAAAUGUAAGCCUUGGCUCAUCAAAAACGCUCCCGACCUCUACCCAGAUCUUCUUAAAGAAUGUAACGAUAAGGCAGCUGAUAAGGUUUCCGAUCAACUCCAGUCUGUUGGAAUCUCUUCCGGUGGUGCUGAUGGAGCCCCUUCUUCAGGGCAAACAUCCAAACCAGAGGAAGUGAAACGCCUUCCCGGGGGAAAAAUAAAGAAGAAAGACAAGCAAGAAGUUAUUAUAGAAAAGGUUGUCCGCAACAAGCGUAAGUGUAUCACCAUUGUCAAAGGACUGGACCUAUUCGGUAUUAAACUCAGCGAUGCCUCUAAAAAGCUCGGGAAGAAGUUUGCCACUGGAGCAUCAGUUGUUAAGGGGCCAACUGAUAAGGAGCAAAUUGAUGUUCAAGGAGAUAUAAUAUACGAUAUCGUUGAAUGCAUCACAGACACCUGGCCCGAUGUACAUGAGUCGUCCAUUUUCUUUAUCGAAGAUGGGAAGAAGGUUCCAGCUGCUUGAUGAUCGCUCUUUUCCCAGGUUUUUGCUUCGUGGAUUCACGUGGAUGAGCUUAGUUUCCGACUUUUCCAACAUGUUCGGAGGAAACAUCAUCGUGGUAAACCUUAAAUACAUACAGAUAACUCGAUACUCGUAACAGUUUUAACCCGGGAUUGAUAGUUCCAGUAGGGUUCCUCCUAAAUUUCUGUUCUUGGUACGGGUUACAUGUGCUUGGAAACGAUGCUGUGUCUCUUAGCUCCAAGCAAUGUCAAGCUUUUGAUCGGUUUUAAGUUAACUAUCAAAAUUUUUGGUUGUGGUGAAUUAGUUGGUUCUUGCAGGAGAGUGUGAA